ACUAAGUUAUCAUUUGCAAAUAAUGCAGUGUCCGUAGGAGCUACACAUUAGUCAUCCCAGACGUCCGUGGCCGGAAAAAAAGGGCAAGAAUGAUAGUUUAUUGAUUGUUUAUUGAGAUCAAAUGUCAAAUUGUUAGAGCAAAGGGUUCUAUUUUCUCAUCUAUAUAACCAAAUGCCUGUAUGAUGGGCGCAUUCCUCCUCAAGUUUCAGAUCCGACAACGCUAGAGAUAUUCACUGCAAAUCUUCCAUAUGGAUGCCACCCAGAGGCCUCAAGAUGUUAUCACUGUCGAUGUUCACAAGGCCAAAGGUCUCAUCGCCUCCGGUCACCGUUAUUUGGACGUGAGAACCGCCGAGGAGUUCAACAAGAGCCACGUAGACAAUGCCCUGAACGUUCCUUUUAUGUUCAAAACUGAUGAAGGCAGAGUGAAAAAUCCUGAAUUUCUCAGCAAAGUUGCCUCAAUUUGCAACAAGGAUGACUAUCUUGUGGUGGGUUGCAACAGCGGAGGCAGAUCACUCCGUGCCUGUAUUGAUCUUCUGGGUGCGGGCUUCAAGCAUGUAACAAACAUGGAAGGGGGAUACUCUGCCUGGGUUGACAGUGGAUUUGCAGGAGAUAAACCAGCAGAAGAGCUCAAAACGUUUUGCAAAUUCCGCCCUUGAAGUGAAUGUUCCCCUCCGAGUACUCUCCCUUUAAGCAAUAAUAGCCCGUGUGACUUA